AUGGGGGUGGCUCCCGGGGGCGCGCAUGUCCGGCCCCGCCCGUUAAAUUCCGGCGGGCCGGGCCGGGCCGGGACCACCGGCCCCGCACCUGCUGCUCUCGCCAUGGCCACUGACAGCGAGCCCGGGCGCCGCCGCCGCUGCUGCGCGCAGGACACGCCCGAUGUCCCCAAGGUCCGGGAUUCCCGCGGUGACAGUGACGGCCCCCGCCGGGGCUCCCUCUGCGAGCGGCACUGCGCUGCCAUCAACAACGUGCACGGCGAGCUGGGCGAGCUGGGCUGCCACCUGCACCGGCCCCGCGUCCCCCCAGCCGCGUCCACCCCGUCCUGCUGCCAGCAGCACUCGGAGGAGGUGUGCGAGAGCUGCGUGCUGAAAACCACCCUGACGGCCGAGAACGCCGUGGAGGCCAACAAGCUCUCCAACAACUACAAGUUUGGCUUCAAGAAAUGGAAGAGCCACGUGACAGCACGGCCCUGGGAGGAUCGAUCCGAGAUAGUUAAGGAGCUCUACUCUGACCUCAAUGUCAUCCGAGCCUCUGGAGGCUCCACACUGACGUGUGGCAAUGUCCUUUACCUGCUGCUCUUCGGCUGGUGGCUCUCACUCCUCUACGUCCUGGUGGCUGCUGUGAUGUUCCUCAGUGUCAUGGGGGCUCCUUAUGGGCGGCUCUGCUGGCAGCUGGCCGGGUAUUUCCUCUGGCCCUUUGGCAAAGUGAUCCAGAAAGUGGAGGUCCCCAAAUCCCAUCAGGUGUGUGAUGCUGGCACGGGGGAGAGCUCAGCCCUGCUGGGGGGUCCCACACCACGCCGCUGGCUGGGCACUGGACACUGGCACCACGCCAGCACUGCAGUGUGGCUGUGCCUGGGCUACCCCCUGCUGGCGCUGGCCCACGGGCUGGUGUGUGUCACCGCCUGGCUGCUCAUCGUGCUGAUCCCCGUGGCCAAGCUGAGCGGCCGCGCCGCCGCCCGCCUGCUGCUGCUGCCCCCGCGCCGCCUGCUCGUGCGCCGCCUCGGCCGGACAGAGGUGCCUCUGGAGGGGGAGGUGAUUCUCUGCUGCUACCGAGCUGCCAACCCUUACUACUACAAAUACGCCGUGGAUGGCAUCAACGUCUUCGCUGUCAACCUGCUGCCCCUGGUGCUGGUGACGCUGGUGCUGGGCUAUGUGGACAGCCCCAACCACCUGACAGGCUCUGCUGUGAAGUUCACCUUGGCCCUGCUCUCCAUCAUGCCCCUCUCCUACUACAUCGGCAUGGCCAUCGCCAGCAUCUCAGCCCAGAGUAACUUCGCGGUGGGGGCGGUGGUGAACGCCACGUUCGGCUCCAUCACCGAGCUCACCUUCUACAUCACGGCGCUGAUCAAGGGCUCGCGCGAGGGCAACCGCUGCUACGCCGAGGUGGUCAAGUCAGCGCUGACAGGGACCCUGGUGGGCUGUGUCCUCUUCGUGCCGGGUCUGUGCAUGGUGAUUGGGGGCAUCCGGCACCAGGAGCAGCGCUUCAACAGCCGCUCUGCCGGCGUCAGCUCGGCCCUGCUCUUCCUCUCUGUGGGAGGUGUCUUUGCCCCGACACUCUUCUCCAAGGUGUACGGGAAGCUGGUGUGCGGCGAGUGCCACAACGUCACCCAGAACCCGCUGGGCCACUACCUGUGCCACAACUGUCUCUUUGACCUGAUGGACAACAAUGGCACCCUCUACUACAGCCACGUCCAACCCCUGGUGUACACAGUGUCCAUCCUGCUCCCUGCUGCCUACCUCAUCGGGCUCUUCUUCACCCUCAAAACCCACACACACAUCUACGACAUCCACAUCAGCGACUGUCACAUGCCUGGCCACCACCACAGUGCCGUGGUGCACUGGUCCCGCUGGCGGGCCCUGCUCAUCCUCCUGCUCUCCACCCUCUGCAUGUCAGCCUGUGCUGACCUGGCCACCGAGCACAUCAGCCCCAUCCUCACCAACUCCACCAUCUCACAGUACUUCAUCGGUGUCACCGUGCUGGCAAUGGUGCCUGAGCUGCCAGAGAUUGUCAAUGGCAUCCAGUUUGCCCUGCAGAACAAUCUGAGCUUGAGCAUCGAGAUUGGGAAUUGCAUUGCUGUGCAGGUCUGCAUGCUCCAGAUCCCCAUCCUGGUGCUCUUCACCAUCUUCUAUCCAACAAACUUCACUCUGGUCUUCAGUGACCUCCACGUCUACGCCAGCAUGUUCAGCGUGGUGCUCAUGAACUACAUCUUCAUGGAUGGCAAAUGUGACUAUUUCCAAGGCACGGUGCUGGUGAUGGUUUACUUCAUCCUGCUGGCCGUGUAUUUCUUCGCCCCCUCGCCCAGUGGCUGCUGAGGUUUGGAUUCUCCUUUCUCCAGCCCCUUUGUUGGGCUCAGCACCCAUCAAGACCUUUUCCAGUGUCUCAGGGACUCGGCUGGGCUGGCUCCAGUCUGGAAGUGCAGUUUCCUUGAAGCUGCUGCUGGGCUCCCCCUGUGUGGCACAAGGGUGGUGGCAAUGGAAUUGCUCCCAACGUGAGGAGCCUCACUGCCAGAGCACGUCACAGAGGCAUCUCCAGCCCACACUUGAGUGGCUGGAAGGAAAACUGUCCUCAGUGGAGGGUCUUGAAGGGGAUUUUGGUGUGUCUGGAGGACAGACCCGUCCCUGGGGAUGUGCUGCACUGGGAGAAGGUGCCUGAGAAAUUCCUCAUCCUCCCAACCUUGGGAAUUGCACAUGGGAUGUUUGAUGGCACCAGAAAUGCACCCAAAGGUAUUUUCAGCUGUUUUGUCAUUAAAGCAGUUUUGUACAAAUCAGAAACAAGUUUGUUUCUCCUUAA